AUGGUGCGGUUGGCAGAUGUGCUGGGACACAUGAAACCUGGACAAAAGACUUUCCUCCUUGCGAAGAGGAAGUCAGUCCGUCCAGCAGGCAGUUCAGGAACAGAGAGGAGUCUCAAAGCAGCGGAUGUGACUAUCAGACUGCCCCCUCUCAUCAGAGGGGCUCAUCAGGAGGAAGAGGACGAUGAAGAGGAUACUCAGAGUUUAAAGAGCCUGCCCACUGUGAAGAGCACGUUAGCUUUUGACUCAAAAGUCAAAAGGUCACACAGACACCCAAAGGAACAAGUCAUCUCUGGCCUCAACCUGCCACCUCUCAUCACUUCCAAAUGCACCCUGGUGGUCAAAGGCACUGGAUGCACUAGUUCCAGGGGUUUUCUUCCAGCCAUCACAUCCAGAAGUCUGGAGAGGCCACCAUGCCGAGCUGGACGCAGGCCAGAUAAACCAGAAAGUUGUGCAACUCAGCAUGUCCACACAACGGGUCAUCCUCAGAAUGCACCUAUAGGUGAAAUCCAUUUUUCUGAAAAGACACUGAAUAUAAGAGGAGGCUCUCAGUUGCUGCCCUCAUCUUCAGCCAUCCCUGAGGUGCACCCUGCAACCCGCAUCACCUUCCACAGUCCAGUGGUACAGGCCAUAUACCCUAUCACUCCCGACACAGCAAAAGAGACGAGGCAAAUCACAAGAACUCACCAGCCUCUGAGGCCUGUGCUCAAAAAGGCCCAGGUGACCAACAGAAGAGCUUUUCACUUCCUGUUGGAAGACAGCUACAUCCCCUGUCCAGGUGAGCCACACCUGUUAGAGCCACUGUCCGAUUUUCAGGAGCACCUGCGUCGCCAGAUUCUCAACUCCCCCCUGCCCUGCCACACAACACUGCCACAAGUCCACUCCCAUUUCCACUUGCACCAGAGGGACUGCCCACACCCGGGUCCGUACAGUUCCACUGUGGGACGCACUGUGGAGCUUUGCAACUCAAAGGGCAAACGACUUCCCAGAAUUACCAUGACCUGUCCGACACCUUCUCCCAAAGACAUACACCACACAGAAAAGAGGCAUGUGGCUUGAUUUCUUAAAAUCAAUUUUUAGGCAAGUUUCCCCUUAACCCAAAAUGUGUUGAUUAUCCCAGAUUAUGUUUGGCGUCCAAAAAAACGUCUUCUUUAGUUUUUUUACUGGAGCUACAAGGCUAAUUUAGCUAACAAGUACUGGAAACGUAUGUACAACAGUUAACACUGCAAAACUGCAUAUAUAAAUCACACACUUGCCACAAACUAUUCAAGCUGCUAAAUAAUCUCUAACAUACUUAAAUGGUUUCUGACACUAUAUGACCUAUAAAAACAGUAGUAGAAGCCACUAUAAUGGUUAAACCUCUUUAAAUGUCCCCAGGAGGUAGGUUUUUUAA